AUGAAUCUCACACCUUUUACGCGGCGGCCAUUAGGCUGCCUAAAGACAAGCCUACGACAGGCAAGACAGCAGCGCCUCCUCUUCCGCCGUACACUAGCAACGGCGGCCGAGUCAACCACGCCAGCACAUACUCCUCCAGCCCUUCCAGAUCACAACUUCUUCACAGUAACCGACCCCAAAACCAAGAAACUCCGCACCGCCUUCGCCGUCUACAGCAACACCGCCCCGGGCCCGACCCCGUCCUCGGCACCAGUCCUAGCGCCAGCGCCCAAGAACGCGCUAGCCUCCCUCCAUGCCGCGCAGAUCGCGCGCAUGGACCCGACGGGCGCGCGGACGGCGCUGUUCAGCAAGGCGAACCGCGACAGCGCGCGGGUUGGCGACGUGCUGAUGGUGACGCACCGGCGGGGCGGCGAGCCGUUCGCCGGCGUGCUCAUGUCGAUCCGGCGGGCGGGCAUCGACACAGCCAUCCUGUUGCGGGGCCAGCUGACCCGCCUCGGCGUCGAGAUGUGGUUCAAGGUCUACAACAAGAACGUGGCGGGCGUCGAGAUCGUGCGCCGCAGGCCCAAGCGCGCCAGGCGCGCCCGCCUGACGUACCUGCGCCAGCCGAAGCACGAUAUGGGCAGCGUGGACCACUACGUCGCCGCGUGGCGCAAGUCGAGGAACGUGAUGACGACCAAGGUUGGCGCCGCGGCGAAGGCGGCGGGUAAGGCGGCUGGGGCAAAAGCGAAGGGCAAGAAAUAG